ACUGAAGGAAGAUUAGAGAUCUUGGUUCAACUGUUACUUGAGGUUAGAACAGCACUGAAGCAGGUUAUUAAUACAUGUAAUGGGUCUGCAGAAAGAAAGAAUUCUGACAGCUUGAAGAAAGGAAAUGUUUUAAGUAGUUCACUAAAAAAUACACUCCAUAUGAAAGAACUUGCAAAUCUGCGGAACUUCCAUGAAAGAUUUAAUAUGUGGCUCCAGAAUCUAUUGAGAAAGAAAGAAAGUCUCACUUCCUUUAGCAGAGAUGACAAAACCACAUUUAUUUUUCAUAUCUUUGAACAACUGGAUGAUAAGAUUUCAAUGCUUUUUGUGGGAAUCAAAGAGCUCCAAGCUGCAGUUGAUGAGAAUUUAACAAUGGAAGAAUGGAAGUAUAUAUUUAAACUGGGGACAUCCAAAGUUGCUUGGUUACUCAGUAAUGUUAUGUCUUAUCGCUCUACACUUCAGACGGCUCUAAACCACCUAAAUGAGUUUGUCAACCAUGAACAGUUUACCCAGAAUUUGGUCCAACUGGGUCUGCUUAAUCCCCAGAUCACAAAGCUGGGAGACAUCCUGUUGCAACAGAAUACCUUAGAUAUAGCCAAUACUCAUGUAGAACAGAUGUCUUCAACAUCAACAAAUUAUAUUCAUGAUGCAUCACGUGUAUCUCAGGUAUGUUAUUAUUCUUUUUUGUUUUUUAGAUUAACAAAUAAAACCUUUCAG